AUGGAAACAGGAGAUUGUGAAGUAAAGUGUCAAGUAUCAAGGCAGUAUAAGUGCGUUACAGUUUUACAAGUUGAUACCACGCCCACUACAGUAGUUGAUGCCCCGCCCACUACAGUAGUUGAUGCCCCGCCCACUACAGUAGUUGAUGCCACGCCCACUACAGUACUUGAUGCCUCGCCCACUACAGUACUUGAUGCCCCGCCCACUACAGUAGUUGAUGCCCCGCCCACUACAGUACUUGAUGCCUCGCCCACUACAGUACUUGAUGCCCCGCCCACUACAGUACUUGAUGCCACGCCCACUACAGUAGUUGAUGCCCCGCCCACUACAGUAGUUGAUGCCCCGCCCACUACAGUAGUUGAUGCCUCGCCCACUACAGUAGUUGAUGCCCCGCCCACUACAGUAGUUGAUGCCCCGCCCACUACAGUAGUUGAUGCCCCGCCCACUACAGUACUUGAUGCCACGCCCACUACAGUACUUGAUGCCUCGCCCACUACAGUACUUGAUGCCCCGCCCACUACAGUAGUUGAUGCCCCGCCCACUACAGUACUUGAUGCCGCGCCCACUACAGUACUUGAUGCCCCGCCCACUACAGUACUUGAUGCCACGCCCACUACAGUAGUUGAUGCCCCGCCCACUACAGUAGUUGAUGCCACGCCCACUACAGUAGUUGAUGCCUCGCCCACUACAGUAGUUGAUGCCCCGCCCACUACAGUAGUUGAUGCCCCGCCCACUACAGUAGUUGAUGCCCCGCCCACUACAGUACUUGAUGCCCCGCCCACUACAGUAGUUGAUGCCCCGCCCACUACAGUAGUUGAUGCCACGCCCACUACAGUAGUUGAUGCCACGCCCACUACAGUAGUUGAUGCCUCGCCCACUACAGUAGUUGAUGCCUCGCCCACUACAGUAGUUGAUGCCCCGCCCACUACAGUAGUUGAUGCCCCGCCCACUACAGUACUUGAUGCCCCGCCCACUACAGUACUUGAUGUCACGCCCACUACAGUACUUGAUGCCACGCCCACUACAGUACUUGAUGUCACGCCCACUACAGUAGUUGAUGCCCCGCCCACUACAGUACUUGAUGCCCCGCCCACUACAGUACUUGAUGCCACGCCCACUACAGUAGUUGAUGCCCCGCCCACUACAGUACUUGAUGCCCCGCCCACUACAGUACUUGAUGCCUCGCCCACUACAGUAGUUGAUGCCACGCCCACUACAGUAGUUGAUGCCACGCCCACUACAGUAGUUGAUGCCACGCCCAUUGCAAUAGUUGGUAUGACACGCCCAUUACCAGCUCUUGUCCCAGCACACAGCUUCUCGUGUGACUGGUGGUUCCUUAGGACUCAACAACAGGUAAUGACGAGGGAGAGGUUGGUGUUCUAA